CCUUCUGGCUCACUUCCGCCGGAAGUGACGUCUGAUGUCUAGUGCCUUUUCCUUGCUGCACGCGAGGGUGUAGGGUACCCGGUAUUCGGGGCGUGAAUACGACCACAAUGGCGGUCACCACUCUGCUGCGCGCGAGACCUCUUUUCAGCGGUCUCUGUCCCGGCCCGACCCCACUAUUGCAGGGUCUCUUGCGACAACUGAAGGUCCCAGCACAACCCUUGUGCCGCGGUUUAGUCGUGGAGGCCAAGAAGACUUAUGUGCGCGACAAGCCCCAUGUGAAUGUUGGUACCAUCGGCCAUGUGGACCACGGCAAGACCACACUGACCGCGGCCAUCACGAAAAUUUUAGCUGAGGGAGGUGGAGCCAAGUUUAAGAAAUAUGAGGAGAUUGACAACGCUCCGGAGGAGCGAGCCCGUGGUAUCACCAUCAAUGCAGCCCACGUGGAGUAUAGCACCGCCGCCCGCCACUAUGCCCACACAGACUGUCCAGGUCAUGCAGAUUAUGUUAAGAAUAUGAUCACUGGUACCGCCCCGCUCGACGGCUGCAUCCUGGUGGUGGCAGCCAAUGAUGGCCCCAUGCCCCAGACCCGAGAGCACUUACUGCUGGCCAAACAGAUUGGAGUAGAGCACGUUGUGGUAUAUGUGAACAAGGCAGACGCUGUCCAGGAUGCUGAAAUGGUGGAGCUAGUUGAACUGGAGAUCCGGGAACUGCUCACUGAGUUUGGCUACAAAGGGGAGGAGACCCCAGUCAUCAUAGGCUCUGCUCUCUGUGCACUUGAGCAACGUGACCCGGAGCUAGGCCUGAAGUCUGUGCAGAAGCUGUUGGAUGCUGUGGACAUGUACAUCACAGUACCCACCCGGGACCUGGAGAAGCCUUUCCUGCUGCCUAUAGAGUCAGUUUACUCUAUCCCUGGCCGGGGCACGGUGGUGACAGGUACACUAGAGCGUGGCAUUUUGAAGAAGGGAGAUGAGUGUGAGUUCCUGGGACAUAGCAAGAACAUUCGUACUGUGGUGACAGGCAUUGAGAUGUUCCAUAAGAGCCUAGAGAGGGCAGAGGCAGGUGACAACCUUGGGGCCCUGGUCCGAGGCUUGAAGCGGGAGGAUCUGAGGCGUGGCCUAGUCAUGGCCAAGCCAGGAUCCAUCCAGCCCCACCAGAAGGUGGAGGCACAGGUUUACAUACUCAGCAAGGAGGAAGGUGGCCGCCACAAGCCUUUUGUAUCCCACUUCAUGCCUGUCAUGUUCUCCCUGACUUGGGAUAUGGCCUGUCGUGUCAUCUUGCCUCCAGGGAAGGAGCUUGCCAUGCCCGGGGAGGACCUGAGGCUCAGCCUAAUCUUGCGGCAGCCAAUGAUCUUAGAAAAAGGCCAGCGCUUCACCCUUCGAGAUGGCAACCGGACCAUCGGUACUGGCCUUGUCACUGACGUACCAGCCAUGACAGAGGAGGACAAGAAUAUCAAGUGGAGUUAAGUGUGAUCCUCUGUUCAGACUGCAUUCAGGGCUGCAAGGCCCAUGUUCUCUCCUGUUUCUGGAGCCCCCUUCCCAGGACAUAGACUGCAACCCAGCACACUUCUCCUGGUCAGAAGGGGCCAUGUGGCCUACUGGGUGAGGUAGGUCAAUAAACUGUUCUGUGAAUAGUAA